UCAUCUUUUUUUGGUGCAUUUUUUUCUUUGGGAACUUUUAACAAACACUUUGCAGUCAAUCCCUUUUUUUGCACUUUAUUUAUAAGUUUUUUUUACAUUUAUAUAUAUACACACCCUAACCCCCUCAUUCUACUCCCCACAAAAAAAUACCCAUUUUCCUAUUUUAAGAAAUAAGAAAUCCCAUCUUUUUGUUUUUUUUUCUUGAAUAUUUUAUUUAAAUGGCUGAAAUUAAGCUAUUUGGCCAAAGAAUAGUGUUACAAGUUAAGCAUGAAGAAGAAGAGCGCGACAAGAAUGACGACAGUAAAAAUAAUAGUAAUAAUAAUAAUAUUAUUAACAAGAGACCGGACAAGAUUAUCCCUUGUCCGAGGUGCAAAAGCAUGGAGACAAAGUUUUGUUACUUCAACAAUUAUAAUGUUAAUCAGCCUCGCCACUUCUGUAAGGGCUGUCAACGGUACUGGACCGCUGGCGGCGCCCUUCGGAAUGUUCCUAUAGGGGCUGGACGUAGGAAAGCCAAGCCGCUCGGCCGAAGUGGCGGGUUGUUUGGAGAAGGUUGCUUGUUAGAUGGCAUGAAUAUGGAACAGUUUGAUAUGGAUGGUAUGGUUGUGGAUGACUGGCAACUGGCUGCUGCUAUGGCUACCGGUGGCGCUUUCACACAUGAUGAGUUUCAGGUUAAGAGAAGGAGGAGUGAGUCUACUGGUCAAACAUGUUGAUCCUUUUUUUUGGGGGGGUAUAUUUUCUACUUGUGCUUUGUAGAUCAAUAAUUGGGAAAGGUUUAAAGAAAAAUGCGAAAAGGAAAUUAUUGUUAAUGAAUUUUUGGUGUAUAUAUAUAUAUAAAUAUUAAUAUAAUUACGCCUUGUUUAAAUUUUUUAAUUUUUCCUUUGGAUGAAUUGGAUCAAUCUCGAUCUUGAGGGUUCUAAUUACAAUAAUGUAAGUUUUACAAAAAGUGUAGCGUACUGUAGUAUUUAGGAAACUAAUUGUAACUCGUAAGACAUUGGAAUUAUUAUCCCUAAAACAGCAAGAAUUA